AUGCGUGGCGCACGAUAUUUUAUACUGCUCGCCACCUUUGCGUCUUUUGUAUUCGCGGUUGCACGAAGCGAACUUGAACGCGUUAGUGAUGAUGAACUCAUGAAUUUAAUCCGCACAGAGAAAUAUGUUAUAGUAUUAUUCACUGCACAUGAUUGUGAUCCCUGUGACAAAUUUGAGAAUGAAAUGCUUGGUCUUCGAGAGCAUCUUGUAGAUGCAUUGGGUGCUUGGAUUGUUAAAGCUGAGGACAGUCAGAUGACAAGGCUGUAUAGUCCUACCCGAGAACCAGCAUUGGUCUUCUUUAGACAUGGUGUUCCACUACUUUAUGAUGGUCCAUUGAAUGAUGAGUUAAUUCUUCACACAUUAAAUGAUAAUAAGGAACCAAGUGUGAAAGAGUUAACAGAUGAAAACUUUGAGCAUUUGACACAAGUUUCAACUGGAGCUACAACUGGUGAUUGGUUUGUCUUGUUUUUCACGAAUGAUUGCGUGGAUUGUCAACGAUUGCAAGCACGUUGGGAGGCGGUAGGUGCACGUUUGAAAACUCGAAUGAAUGUAGCAAGAGUUAAUCGAGGCACAACUGGUGCAGCAACAGCAAGAAGAUUUGGAGUUUUCCACGUCCCACAAUUUAUUCUGUUCCGUCAAGGCAAAAUGUAUAAUUACGAUAUUAGAAACCAUGAUGUGCAAUCAUUUGUCUCUUUUGCGCAAGAUUGGUAUAAAAAUGUGAAGUCUGAACGAGUGCCUCUACCAAAAUCGCCUUUUGAUGAUUUGGUUCAAAUGAUCGUCGAUUACCUUAAAGAAAAUCCGUCCAUGUGGGUGAUUGCACUAGUUACAGCUGGAAUUGGGUUUGUCGCAGCAAUUCUGAUGAGGAGGUCGGCGCCGGCACCCAAGAAGAGCAAGAAAUCUGACAAGAAGGAAAAAUCAUCUGGAAAGGAAAAAUCAAGUGACUCUACAGAGUCUAAAAAGAAACAAAAAUAACUCACCUUUUUAUGAUAUUUCUUCCUUUUUUCUUGUAUUAUAACAGUAUCAAAUACAACAAUAAAUUGUACUUUUCAA